CGGGGGCGUGCCAACGGGAGGGCGGCCGCGGCGCGGGGCUCCCUUCCUCGUGCUCGGCGUUGAGCUCCUGCAGCCGCCGCCGCCGCAGCGGUCGUCCGUGCCCUCCCCGGCCCCGGGGUGCACCCCGCAAGGCUCCCGCUGGUGUCCCUGGAGCAUGGGAGGCUGCUGAGUGUGAGUGGCGGUGUCCGGCAGGGAGGGCGUCCAUGGCUGCAGCCAACAAGGGCAACAAGCCCAGAGUCCGGAGUAUCCGCUUUGCGGCAGGCCACGAUGCAGAAGGAUCCCACAGCCACGUCCACUUUGAUGAGAAGCUGCAUGACUCGGUGGUCAUGGUCACCCAGGAGAGUGACAGCAGCUUUCUGGUCAAGGUUGGCUUCCUGAAGAUCCUGCACAGGUAUGAGAUUACCUUCACUCUGCCCCCAGUGCACAGGCUGAGCAAGGAUGUCCGCGAGGCACCUGUCCCCAGCCUGCACCUCAAGCUGCUCAGCGUGGUGCCCGUCCCUGAAGGUUAUAGUGUCAAGUGCGAGUACUCGGCACACAAAGAGGGCGUCCUAAAAGAGGAGAUACUGCUAGCCUGCGAAGGUGGCACUGGCACCUGUGUGCGCGUGACGGUGCAGGCCCGCGUCAUGGGUGAGAGCAUGAGGCUCCUGGUUGGAGGAGGGAUGCACAAGCUCGACUGCAAGGGUUUCCGUCCUCUUCAGGGAACCAGGGCUGAACAAGGGAUCCUUGCCUGGCUCGGGGGUUCUCAACCUCCUUGGCGGGUCCCUACCUCCGGCUGAUCCCUGAGGGAAGGGGAGGGGUCCCCUUAGUGGGCCGCAUGGGUGGGGCUGGGGGCCAGCAUGGCACUGACUUGCACCCUGCCUUGCAGACCGGCACCACGGCACGCCCAUGCUGCUGGAUGGUGUCAAGUGCGUGGGCGCUGAGCUGGAAUACGACUCAGAGCACAGCGACUGGCAUGGCUUUGACUGAGGCCCGAGGCCCCGCCUGCCCCGGGCCCCUCAGCCUUAAACCCUGCCUUGUCCCCCGACAUGCUGCGUGAUGGUGUGGCUUCCUCACCCCUCUCUGGGGUGGGCGUGGGGGUGGAGUGGCCUUGCUCAUGCCUCUCACCUCUGCCUUCAUUUGUGCUGCCACCCUGCCCCUCCCUCGUCCUCCUCUCCCACUUCCUCCUCUCCGUGUGCCUCAGUCUCCUGCUGGAAGAAAUGGGUUGAGCCCGAAAGGAGGCUGUCUGAGGAAGGGAGAGGGAGGGCCUGGGGUGGGUUCCCUACUCCCCACCCCAAGCCACAGGGGCUCCAACCAGGGUCUGGGAGAGGAUGGAGCUGGCUCUGUGUCGUCGUGGCCCCAUUACUGCUGCUGCUGCCUUGCUUCAGCCACCUCUCCUGCCCCUCCCUCGUCCCCAGUGCUGUCCACCAUGAGUAGGAGGGAGGUGCAGUCCCCAGCCCCCACCCCUCAGGUCUGUGUUACUUGGUUUUUAAGCGACUGGUUGGGAUAGAACCCUAAAGAAAUAAAACUUUCAAUGGA